AUGACAUCUGCUCGGCAGCCCAUUUCUAACAACCUCCCAAAGUCAGAAAAUUCCAUACGCAUUCAUUGUUUUCUCUGUGAAUUACCCCGCAGUCCUUGGGCGCUUGUCUUUGAUUUCUCUGUCCCAGUGUGUCGUGGUUGUGUGAAUUAUGAGGGAGCGGAUAAGAUAGAGCAAAUCAUUCAGUGGGUUGGAGCACAGAAAAGAGCCCUUCUUCAAAAUGUAGAGAAACCCAAGUCUCUCAAGACUCAUUCUCUCUAUUCUCAGAAUCAUCCAACACUUAUGACCCUCUAUGUGGCAGCAUUAAGGCUGCUUCAAUAUCAAAAUAACAACAUUCAGCGUCGACAACUUUCACAACAAAACCACCAUCGAGAAAUCAGAUUUCCAGCCCCUAUUCGCUCAAUUUGUCACUCAACACCAAAAUUUGCUCUCUGUGUGGGCCUUUCACGUGAUUCAAACUGCUCUAUUCGUGAUCGCCUAUUUUUCGAAUAUCCCACUGGCACCGGCAAACUCAUAAGGGGUCUGAACAAACUUCUAGAACAGAUGGAUAUCUUAGAGAGUGAUUUGGAGGUGGAAAUUCGACGAGGAUAUUGGUGCAUCUUCGAAGAAGCCCUGCUAUUAUUUCAGGAUGAAAGAUUGCAAGCCCAAUGUUUAUUGUGUGGAGCCGCUUUAGAAGGGAGCCACUUUGUUCAAUGUCCUGUUCGUUCGAAGCAUAGAUUCUGCUUUGCUUGUGUUAGAUCUAUCCUAGUGCGAGAGGAAAAAGCCAAUAAUUUGGAAGAGGAGGAUAAGAAACCGAUUGAAGAACGGAGACGAUUUCAUUGUCCAAGUGGAGAAAGGUGCGCACUGUCCGAAAAUCCUGGAAUACCCUGGAGUUUUGUAGAAUCUGAAAUUGCUGUUAUUCUACGCGGUUCGAACAAUUAUGCUCAUAAUGGAGAUGCUCUUGGAAGGAAGCGACCUGCUUCUGGAGUGCUGAAUUUAAUCCAACAUCAGGAGAUUGGACGAACGCACUCUUUUGACGGAAAGGUUCAAAGGACCGAAUCGCCAAAUAAUACACCCACCGCGUAA